AUGCGGAAGAGCUGGACCUGCUGGAGCGGAAGUGACGCUUCGGGCGGCUGUAGCGGCGGCGGCUGCGGGAGAAGGAGGAGGAGGAGCCGGAGGAAGAGGGCUGCCUCUGAAGAAAGGAGAAUGGCGUUCAGCAAAGGAUUUCGAAUCUACCACAAAUUGGAUCCCCCACCGUUCAGCCUCAUAGUGGAAACUAGGCAUAAGGAAGAAUGUCUCAUGUUCGAGUCUGGGGCUGUGGCUGUGCUCUCAUCUGCAGAAAAGGAGGCUAUUAAAGGCACAUAUGCCAAAGUACUGGAUGCAUAUGGACUUUUGGGAGUUUUACGAUUAAAUCUUGGUGAUACCAUGUUGCAUUAUCUGGUCCUAGUCACUGGAUGCAUGUCUGUUGGGAAAAUUCAAGAAUCUGAAGUUUUCCGAGUUACUUCCACUGAGUUUAUAUCACUUCGAGUUGAUGUUUCAGAUGAGGACCGCAUUUCAGAAGUACGGAAAGUUUUGAACUCAGGAAACUUUUAUUUUGCAUGGUCUGCAUCUGGAGUCAGCUUAGAUCUGAGUCUGAAUGCACAUCGAAGCAUGCAAGAGCACACAACUGACAAUAGAUUUUUCUGGAAUCAGUCUUUGCAUUUGCAUCUCAAGCAUUAUGGUGUAAACUGUGAUGACUGGUUAUUGCGGCUCAUGUGUGGAGGAGUAGAGAUUAGGACAAUCUAUGCUGCCCAUAAACAGGCAAAAGCUUGCCUCAUUUCAAGGCUAAGCUGUGAACGAGCUGGGACAAGGUUCAACGUCCGAGGAACAAAUGAUGAUGGUCAUGUUGCCAACUUUGUAGAAACAGAGCAGGUUAUAUACUUAGAUGACUGUGUUUCUUCCUUCAUACAAAUCCGAGGAUCUGUUCCAUUGUUCUGGGAGCAACCAGGCUUGCAAGUGGGAUCCCAUCGUGUUCGUAUGUCAAGGGGUUUUGAAGCCAAUGCGCCUGCCUUUGACAGGCAUUUCCGAACACUUAAGGACUUAUAUGGUAAACAAAUAGUAGUAAAUCUGCUUGGAUCUAAGGAAGGUGAGCAUAUGCUGAGCAAGGCUUUCCAGAGUCAUUUGAAAGCCUCUGAACACGCUUCUGAUAUCCACAUGGUGUCCUUUGACUAUCAUCAAAUGGUUAAAGGAGGAAAGGCAGAAAAAUUACACAGUGUUCUCAAACCACAAGUCCAGAAGUUUCUAGAUUAUGGAUUUUUUUAUUUCGAUGGCAGUGAAGUUCAAAGGUGCCAGAGUGGUACAGUUCGAACAAACUGCUUGGACUGUCUGGAUAGAACAAAUAGUGUGCAGGCAUUCCUUGGCUUAGAGAUGCUAGCUAAACAGCUGGAAGCUCUGGGCUUGGCUGAAAAGCCUCAGUUGGUGACUCGCUUUCAAGAAGUUUUCCGGUCCAUGUGGUCUGUGAAUGGCGAUUCCAUCAGUAAAAUCUAUGCAGGCACUGGAGCCCUUGAAGGGAAGGCCAAGUUAAAAGAUGGUGCACGAUCUGUCACCAGAACCAUCCAGAAUAACUUCUUCGACAGCUCCAAGCAAGAGGCCAUUGACAUUUUACUUCUGGGAAAUACUCUAAACAGCGAUUUGGCUGACAAAGCCCGAGCACUUCUAACUACUGGGAGUUUGCGUGCAUCCUCCAAAGUCUUAAAGAACAUGUGUGAGAACUUCUACAAAUAUUCAAAGCCCAAGAAAAUCCGCGUGUGCGUUGGAACCUGGAAUGUGAAUGGUGGGAAGCAGUUCCGCAGCAUAGCAUUCAAGAACCAGACGCUCACUGACUGGCUUCUGGAUGCUCCCAAGUUAGCUGGCAUCCAGGAGUUUCAAGAUAAGAGAAGUAAGCCAACUGAUAUUUUUGCAAUUGGCUUUGAAGAAAUGGUGGAGCUGAAUGCUGGGAACAUUGUGAAUGCAAGCACAACAAACCAGAAGCUGUGGGCAGUGGAACUGCAGAAGACCAUCUCUAGAGACAACAAGUAUGUUCUGCUGGCUUCAGAGCAGUUGGUGGGUGUCUGCCUGUUUGUCUUUAUCAGACCACAGCAUGCUCCCUUUAUCAGAGAUGUUGCAGUUGAUACUGUGAAAACUGGGAUGGGAGGUGCAACUGGAAAUAAGGGUGCUGUUGCAAUUCGGAUGCUCUUCCACACCACCAGCCUUUGCUUCGUCUGCAGCCACUUUGCUGCAGGGCAGUCCCAAGUCAAAGAGAGAAAUGAAGAUUUUGUAGAAAUAGCACGAAAACUGAGUUUUCCCAUGGGAAGAAUGCUCUUCUCUCAUGACUAUGUAUUUUGGUGUGGUGAUUUCAACUAUCGAAUUGAUCUUCCUAAUGAAGAAGUUAAAGAACUCAUAAGACAGCAAAACUGGGAUUCUCUUAUAGCUGGAGAUCAACUCAUCAAUCAGAAAAAUGCAGGACAGAUCUUUAGAGGAUUUUUAGAGGGAAAAGUAACAUUUGCUCCAACCUAUAAAUAUGACUUGUUUUCCGAAGACUAUGACACCAGUGAGAAGUGCCGUACCCCUGCUUGGACAGACCGUGUCCUUUGGAGAAGGAGGAAGUGGCCUUUUGACAGAUCAGCUGAAGAUUUAGAUCUUCUGAAUGCUAGUUUCCAAGACGAAAGUAAAAUCCUUUAUACAUGGACUCCUGGCACCUUGCUGCACUAUGGGAGAGCCGAGCUGAAGACUUCUGACCACAGGCCCGUUGUUGCCCUGAUUGAUAUAGAUAUAUUUGAAGUUGAAGCUGAAGAGAGGCAAAAAAUUUAUAAAGAGGUUAUUGCAGUCCAGGGCCCACCAGAUGGUACAGUGAUGGUCUCAAUCAAAAGCUCUGCACAAGAAAAUACCUUUUUUGAUGAUGCUUUGAUUGAUGAGCUUCUGCAGCAGUUUGCACACUUUGGUGAAGUUAUACUCAUAAGAUUUGUAGAAGAUAAAAUGUGGGUUACAUUUUUGGAGGGAAGCUCCGCCUUGAAUGUUCUGAGCCUAAAUGGUAAAGAGUUAUUAAAUCGGACUAUAACCAUUACUUUAAAAAGUCCAGAUUGGAUCAAAAAUCUGGAAGAAGAGAUGAGCUUAGAGAAGAUCAGUGUCACGUUGCCCUCGUCCACAAGCUCCACCCUGCUCGGUGAAGACGCCGAGGUCACAGCAGACUUUGACAUGGAAGGUGAUGUCGAUGACUAUAGUGCUGAAGUAGAGGAGCUUCUUCCUCAGCAUCUACAACCAUCCUCAAGUUCUGGCCUUGGCACUUCUCCAAGCUCUUCACCCCGGACCAGUCCCUGCCAGUCACCAACAGUACCAGAGUACUCUGCACCUUCUCUUCCUGUCAGACCUAGUCGAGCACCAUCAAGAGCUCCAGGACCUCUAAGUUCACAGGGCUCUCCAGUUGACACUCAGCCAACAACCCAGAAGGAUUCUUCCCAGACCAUAGAACCCAAGAGGCCACCCCCUCCUCGACCAGUUGCUCCUCCAGCACGUCCUGCCCCACCACAGAGACCACCUCCACCUUCAGGGCGUAAUCAACCUUCCCCUCAAGCAGGACUUGCAGGCCCAGGACCUACUGGAUAUGGUGCAGCGAGACCGACAGUUCCAGCUCGUGCUGGAGUGAUAAGUGCCCCACAGAGCCAGGCUCGGGCAUCUGCUGGAAGGCUGACUCCUGAAAGCCAAAGCAAGCCCUCAGAGACAUCGAAAGGUCCUGCUGUCCUUCCAGAACCACUGAAGCCCCAGGCUGCAUUUCCUCUGCAGCCUUCUCUGCCUGCACCUGCUCAAAAGUUACAAGACCCGCUUGUCCCCAUAGCAGCACCUAUGCCUCCCUCCGGCCCCCAACCAAAUCUGGAAACCCCACCACAGCCCCCACCUCGGAGCAGGUCUUCUCAAAGCUUGCCUUCAGACUCCUCACCACACCUGCAAGUAAAAACAAAUGGAGUUUCUGGUGUCAAACAAGAACCAACAUUGAAGAGUGACCCAUUUGAAGAUCUUUCACUUAGUGUGCUUGCUGUAUCAAAGGCUCAGCCUUCUGUUCAGAUUUCACCUGUUCUAACCCCAGACCCAAAGAUGUUGAUUCAGUUGCCUUCUGCAUCGCAAAGUAAAGUUAACUCUUUGAGUUCCAUAAGUUGCAUGCCACCCAUGCCUCCAGUUCCAGAGCAAAGCAAGUCACAGGAAAGUAUGGGGAGUUCUGCAAACCCAUUUCCCAGCCUGCCCCGCAGGAACCCUUUUACAGACAGGACUGCUGCCCCUGGAAACCCAUUUAGAGUUCAGUCUCAAGAAUCAGAGGCAACUUCUUGGCUAGCUAAAGAAGAGCCUGCUCCUAACAGUUCUUUCCCUCCUCUCAUGCCUCUCAGUCAUGACACGAGCAAGCCUUCAAGUUCACUUGAUGGUUUUGAGGACAAUUUUGAUCUGCAGAGCCAGUCUACAGUAAAAACAAGCAACCCCAAAGGAUGGGUAACCUUUGACGAAGACGAUGACUUUCCUACUACAGGAAAGUCAAAGUCAGUUUAUCCAGACUUACUGGGUAACGUGCCAGCUUCAUUUGAUGAUGACUGGAGUAAAGGUACAAGUGUUUCUUUCUGUGUGUUGCCAGCCAGAAGGCCACCACCACCACCACCUCCUCCUGUCCCUCUGCUACCACCUGGCACAACCUCAUCUGCAGGACCUAGCACAACCCUGGCAUCCAAGGCAUCUUCCACAUUGGACUUCACAGAAAGAUAAUUACGUGGAGGGAAGGCAGUUUCUCCUGGUGUGGUCUGGCUGUUUGUUUCUGUUUUGUCAGGGUAGACCCAAGAGAAUGGGGCAUUAGUCAUUAUGUGCAAUAAAUAAUAGGGAAGUGCACUGAUGUCUAUAUAAAAUACCACUAGAGGAUGUGGAUAAAGCUGGAAUUUGUGUAUAUCAGAAAUAACAAAGACAUCCUCUUAUUAACUGGAGUUCUGCUCUUUCUCUUCAGAUGAAUAGAACAGGAACUAUCUUUAAAAGUGCUUAAAACUACUCUAGAAAAUAGUCCUUACUCAGAUACAUAGAAAUCACGUAAAGCCCACACAACUGCAGCUGACAGGACUGCCAGCCCACUGUUGAGGAUUGGUAUUCAUGGAUACUUACCAAAGAGCUUCCAGAGUUCUGGUGAGAUUGUUUUGAAAGGCAUCACUUUAGUCAAAAGGUCUGUGUAUAUAUACACCAUGAGUGUAUGUCUGUAUGUAUUCACCCAGACGUAUACACCCACAUACUUAUAAAACUUGAUAUAAUUCAGAUCACAUUUUACCUAACAGUUCUGACAAUGUCCCUUUUUCAAUAUCUCACUAUCAAGAUGACUGCCACUGGGUGUGCUUUAUAUACUUUCGCUGAUUAUACAUCCCAGAGUACAGAACUGCCAUUUCCUAUUACUCUGCACCCCAGCCCUUCACAUUCACCCUCAUUACCUUCCUCCUCUGUACCUCUAUUAUGCCUUUCUCUGGGCAUUUACAGUUGGCAGUACAGACGUGGUCAGUCAUAUGGACAGGUACUCAGAACAGUAGGUACACACCACCAGGUUCAAGGAGGAACUUUGUCAUCAUGCUCUUUUCUCUGCUAGGUCCUUUCCCUCCCAUAACUUUGUUUGCCAAUUGCCUGGAGCUUUGCUUUCAGCUGUUGAGUGGUCUGAAUUAGUAACAUAUCCAGUGUACGUUCUCUCCCAUGAGGCUACAUAACACAUCCAUGAUGCUGCUUUAAGGUUUUAGAGGCUAUACCUCAAAUUAGCUGUGGAUUUUGUUUCCUGCACUGCCAGUAUGCAACUGAUCUUGCAUUUAUUAAUUUUGUGGGAAAAAAACAUGGAAUUUUUUAAAAAACAAAAAAAACAAACAAAAAAAAAACCCCCAAAACAUAGUAUUUUGAUAUCAUUAGGUAAGCCAGUCAGAAAACUCCAUAAGCUAUUGUUUGGUUGGUUGGUUGUCAGUUGAAGUUAAAAUCAUCCUUACCCAUUAAAACUUAAUGUUCUCUUUAUAUAAAAAAGAGUUAUGUGCUUACACCAAGUUCCUACGUCUACAUGAACCUUUAAAGAUGUGUAUUGUGAGACUAGAAAGAAUUUCUGGCUGCCCUCACUUCCGUGUAAAAGCACAGCAGACUGCAUUGCACUUCUAUCAUAGAGCAGAUCUGUUAGGACAGAGCACCUUUGAAAUGUUAUCAAAAUCCUGUAUUUAUAGAAGUAACUCUCUGCUACAGCCAUAAUUUGCUGUUAGCAAUAACUCUUGUGAGUUUUAUAUUGUGCUUGUUGGGGUUCUAAUCAUUUCAGCAGUAGUAGCUUUUAAACUGCAGUAUUACUAGAGCAGUAUGCUUCAAAAAUGUGACUUAACUUGUUGAGAUUGUGACUGUAACAUCUGUGUGAGUAGUAUGUAUGGUAUCCACUCCCCAUUAGCAAGCUAAUCCAUGUUAGGACAUUGAAACAGUGUGGCUUGCAGCCCCGAGAGCAGUGACUCCCUCGGGUAUAAAUCACUGUAAUGUCUGCAGAGCAGUAGCUCUGCCUUGUCAGGAAGUCUGGUAGCUGCUGAAACGCACAAAGCAAGUUAAAGUUUGAUACAAAGAAUUCAACAUUGAGUGUAUUUACCAGCUCUGGUCAAAGCUGAAAACAGACACUAAGAAUCUCUGUGAGUCUCUGUUCUCUCUAGUAAAUUGUUGUUUAUAUGUAUGUAAGAGGUUUAUUGCUUAUGUGGCAUACAGUAUUUAUAACUAUAUACUUUAUAGAAGUACAGUAUUAAAGUUGCUGGUAUACAUUCUGUACAUAUCCUGUGAAAUGUGCUGUCAUAUGAAAUAAAUGUCUUUACCACUAGCUGA